AGUCACGUUCUGCCCCGAGGUACCUUGUCUACUCGAGUACUAAGGUUCAAGAAGUCCGCGCACCAAUGGAAAAGAAACGGUCCUCACCUCACAUCCUUCUAUUUCUUCCCCUUUACCCAAUAUUUGCACUUAUCAUUGAUCCAAGUUCACACGAAGAUGGAAUUUGAACGCUUCGGGGGUGAUUCAUUCGCUUCGCUCAGCGGAGAGAUUCAGAGAAAAGCUGGAUCAAAAAUAAAACAUGGGGAGAGACGUGCUGUGCCUCUCCUUGGGUGUUCUGACGAAGCCUGGCGCCAGAUCACACAAUACCAAUACCGGUCCUUGGCUCAACUACCCGAGGAGGUCCUGCUCCUGAUCAUGAAGAAACUUUCACCAGACUGUCUGUGGGCCGUCAGGCAGACAUCUUCAGUCUUCUUUAGGCUCUUCCAAUCAAGAGAUUUCUCUGCCUCUCACGGAGACCCGACCUUGAAAAGCCGCCAGGCGACCUUUUUGUUGGAAUCUCUGACGGCGGACCAGAGGCAGAUUAUAAGGAAGCAUUCACGAACAGGGCCAGAACAAGAGCUGGUUGCCGACAAGCCUCCCGUCUCCCAGGACGGACAUCGCUGUGCCUCAUGCGCCGAGGUUCACCAGCGCGGCGAGCACGACCCCCGUCUUAUCAAUCUACGCCAAUUGUACUUUUGCGAUGCUUGCCAAGAAAACCACGCAGGCAUCUUUUUUCCGGCCCAAAGCCUUCGAAAAUAUCUCAACAAAACGGGUGGUAGCCUCGUGUGUAUCGGAAGGCUAGGGCUGUGUACACUAUGCUCCCACAGCUCGCAUGCGCCCGUCACUUGGCAUGCCGUGGAGCAAGUCAUGUUAACAACCGGGGAAAGGCGCAAAAAGAACACAUUCUAUCAAGACCCCGAUCACAUGCACGCUGUAACCUGCCUGAAGACGGACCAGAAGAUGAGGAAAGUCAUGUGCGCGUUUCCGCGCUUGGAAGUGAACACAUUCGCGGAGCACGCGGAUCUUCGAUUUGGAUGGGACCUUCCCCUUUUCGACAUGGACGCUGAAAAACCACCGCCUCUCCCCGAAAUUCGAGACUUUGCCGCGGAACUCAUACGCAACGGGGCACUACGUGGUCUGAAGUGCUGCCAACAUGUGGUGGACCGGGGUCAGCUCCAAGAAUUCACAUCCAGUAUCUGCCUUUGCUUUGAAAAGCCGGGGUACACCAAAAAUCCUGGCGAUGAUGAUGCUUGCUGCAUGGUCGGUGAGGCGAGCGCGAGCCAAGGUCGGCAAGUUCUGGAGUGUGAAGAAUGCGCUGGUGAUUACGCUUGGCGACUAAUCUCAGGGAGGCUGUUUCUAAGCUACCGCUACGGCUGGGAGGUGAUACGGCCUGUCAGCCUCGGGUGGCUUGGGAUUCUGGAUAGCGUUCCGGCCCUGGUGUAUAGCGAGGAAAACAAGCAUCUGCUCUGGUGCGAUGAUCCAGCUUGCUCGACGGGUCAGGGGAAAAGAUGGAUGGAGAUGGUCAAGGAAGAGACUUGGCUACAGACUUUCCGGUUCGGGGACAUCGAGAAGCUCAAAGAAGACUUUCGAAUUAUGCGCUAUCAAAGUCAACAUCGCCAUCAGAAUCCAGACAAAGGGUAUCAAAUGCCUCCUCUUUACGCCAAUGCCUCUUAUUUCAAGACCGAUGAUGCCGCUGAGGAAUUGCUGCGUCAGAUCAGGGCCGCGAGGAAGCAGGCCAUUGCGAGCACGAACCUUGCCUUUUAA